AAACUAAACUAAUUAAUAUAUAUUUUCCCUUGUUAUGCAGUAUGUAGUGGUGCCUACGCGUCGCUCCACAGCGGAGGCCUUCCAAAUACUCAUCUCACACGCCCUGGGCGAUGCGGGCAGUCCCUAUCUGGUGGGAGCGAUGUCGGAGGUGAUCAUGAAGCAUCUGCGCAACCAUCCGGGCGCUUCGGGCUUGACAAAUGAACUGCAAAGCAUGUCUCAGGUGCUGGAGUCGCAACUCCUCAAUGCCACGGAUGUGGCCACAAAAGUGGCCUCGGAGGCUAUCCAUUCGUUCCAAACGAAUUUAACAAAAUCAGCUGAACAGCUGGAAGGACAGUUUACGGAAAUCGAGCAGUUUGAGGGCCUUCAAUACGCGCUGUUCUCCACCAGCUUUGUGGAGGUGCUGGGCGGCAUCUUCUUCCUGUUCACCGCCUGCUUCAUACUCAAGGACAAAUACAAGGCCGCGCGAAGUGUAGCUGGCGAUAAGAGACUGACGUCAGUGGCCGCGAAAGACGUUGAAUCUGUCAAUUCGGAAUGUUUCGUCCUGUGCACGGACAUUGCCCUGCGAGAACGCGCGUGAUAAGUUUAGGCGCUCUCAAAAGAUAACUAUUUUGGCCUCAGAUCCCGCAAGAUGCUCAGGAACAGCACCAGCAGCGGGGCAACCAGAUUGCCUAAUACCAGCCUAUACUUGAGGUUAUGCUGCGCACUCAGAGCACUGAUGGCAUUUUGGGUGAACUCAUACUGACUGAAAAUCAUCUUUAAUUUAAUCUCCACACACACACACA